AUGCCAGAAGUUAUUCUCAACGCAACAAAUAAUGCACGAAGACAGUAUAGAUCGGUGGCAUUCGGAACAUGGCAAGUUGGAGGCGCACGACAAUUAACCGAACGACGACCCGAUUGUUCGUCAUCGAAUGUUCGCCUCAAAUGUUCGUCUCCGGACCUUCAUCGUGGCGUCGAACCGAAUAGCCUGCUGACGGUUGACAAACGACAUAGUCGACUUGGGGAGAGCAGUCCGAAUUUAUCGAGAAUUCAUCACACGCAUACACAACUUUCUCUUGGUCUUCCAAAUAAAAUGUCGACCUCAACAACAGCCCAUGACUUCUUAUCAAGUAGCGAGUAUUGUCGUUAUGUAUGCAGUCGGGAUGACGUUGAUUCGAUCAACGGCAACCCGAAGGCGAUCGAACCAAUUCAAGCGGCUUUUCGAAAGUCGCGAAAGGAUGAACUAUCUGUAGACGAGACGAAAAGCGCGCGAAAUUUGAAAUACUCGCAAUCGUCGCGACGGAAAUUCGAAACCGCCACCAUCGACGCUGAUUUGUCGGCGGAUCGAGCACAUCACAGAUCGCAUAGCGCCGGACCACAUACUGCAUAUUCGACAGCUCACACGGCAUCAACUUCCGAAAUGAAUCGAUCUGGGGUUUCUCGAACCGAUUCGAACACAACGUUCCUUCGUGCCACCAAAAGAUUCUUCAAGAAGAUUUACACGUCGGCGACUCUGCCAAAAAAGCAGAAUAGCACGUCCGUUGACAACUUCCAGAAGCCGUCGAUGUACUAUGAAGAGAGAAACUUGAAAAAGGUGGAAAAUCAACGAAUUGAGGAUUCACAUUGUCUCGCUCGUCAUGAUUUGUACGAUGAGGAUGAUGAUGAUACAAUGCGUUCCGAAAAUGCCACCAUGGACAUCAGCUACCCAGACAGCGGAUUUGAAAUGGAUAGAGCUUCGACUCCCGAGCAAUCGUCGGUUUCGAUGACAUCGACAUCGAAAAGUGACGAUCAAGCGCCGGCUGAGAUGAACUUCAGUAAUCUUUUCGAGCAGCUCAAACGAGAAAUGAAAGAGAUGCGCGAACGUGACGCGCAGAUUCUCGCCGAUUUACAUCGCGUUGAGACUCAAAUUCAGACGGUGAAGCAAGCUCAAAUGUUGGCGGCACUCCAAGACGAAUUCGAACCGGUAGAAAGUAUGCAGCUUUAG